CUAUAUGCUGAAGCAGUAGUCAGGCUAGCUAAAAUUCGUGAAUUUUCUCAGGCUUCUGUGUAUUCUUUACUGCAAGCUGCAACUGAGAUUUCAUCCAGAGGUGAUGGUAGAGACAGGGAUGUAAAUGUUUUUAUCCAAAGGAGUUUACUACGCCAGUCGGCUCCUCUCGAGACCAUGAUCAGGGACGAAUUAUCAGCCAAGCAACCUGAAGCUUAUGAAUGGUUUUGGUCCCAGCAAAUCCCUACGGUGGUGACAUCAUUUGUAACUUACUUUGAGGGGGAUGCACACUUUCUGGCUGCCACCUCUGUGGGUGGGAGAGGCAAAUUGUUGAAUGAAGGCACUGAGAAAGAUAUAUCACUUCUCAUGCUUGCAUUGACUUGCAUUGCUGCGAUUACAAAACUUGGCCCAGCAAAAGUUUCCUGCCCACAUUUCUCUUCAAUGAUUCCAGAAAUAACUGGUAGAUUGAUGGACAUGUUGGUUGAUUAUGUUCCCAUUGCUCAAGCUUAUCAUUCUUUGAAGAAUGUUGGUCUGCGCAGAGAGUUUCUUGUCCAUUUUGGCCCUCGAGCUGCAGCAUGCAGAGUGAAAAAUGACCGGGCUUCAGAUGAAGUCACUUUCUGGGUGGAUCUUGUACAGAAGCAGCUGCAACGGGCGAUUGAUAGGGAAAAAAUAUGGUCAAGGCUAACAACAUCCGAAAAUAUUGAGGUUUUGGAGAGGGAUUUGGCUAUUUUUGGAUUCUUUAUUGCCUUGGGGAGAAGUACCCAGUCCUUUUUAUCUGCAAAUGGAUUUGACACUAUUGGCGAUCCCGUUGAAGGCUUUAUUAGGUACCUUAUAGGGGGCAGUGUGUUGUACUAUCCUCAGCUUUCAUCAAUAAGUUCUUAUCAAUUGUAUGUAGAGGUUGUUUGUGAAGAGCUAGAUUGGAUUCCUUUUUAUCCAGGUAUCCUUGGCACCCCAAAGCAGCUACAUGGCCAUAGAAAUAAACGAGAAGGUCCUCCCAAUGCUGAAGCUAUCCCACAAAUGUUAGAUGUUUGCUCUCACUGGAUUCAGAGCUUUAUUAAGUACAGCAAAUGGCUGGAGAAUCCUUCCAAUGUCAAGGCAGCAAGAUUCCUAUCUAAGGGGCAUAACAAGCUAGUGGAGUGCAUGGAAGAAUUGGGGAUAUCAAACGUGUGCAGGGGUGGAGUUUUAGAGUCCAGUUCUAAUGAGAUGAAUGGAUUGACAAGUGACAAAGAAUCAGAUUCAUUUGACAAGGCCUUGAAGAGUGUUGAAGAAGCUCUGAUCAGACUGGAAAAAUUGCUUCAAGAGUUGCAUGUAUCAGGCUCUUAUUCUGGAAAGGAGCAUCUAAAAGCUGCAUGUUCUGACCUUGAGAAAAUAAGAAAACUGAAAAAAGAGGCUGAAUUUUUGGAGGCAUCUUUUAGAGUCAAAGCAGCUUUCCUUCAACAGGGAGAUGAUGACAAUGAUCCCCAGUCUUCAGUUGGUGGGCAGCAACAGUACAGCAAUGACAAAAACAAAAAGAACACAAUCAUAAUGGACAGAAGCAACAGAGUUGUUGGCAAGUCUAAUGGACUAUGGAGCUUCUUUGUUCGUGCUCCAACCAAGAAGGGUGGCUCUGCAUUAUCAGCCGUGGAUAAAUCUGGAAAUGAACUUGCUGAGCAGACUACUACAAGUAUAGGCUCAGAAUCAAAUGAAAUCCUUCGCUUUGAACUGCUAAGGAAUGAACUAAUAGAACUUGAAAAACGGGUGCAAAGAAGUGCCGAACAAUCAGAAAAUGAGGAGGAUAUUAGUGUUACAGCAGACCAUCCUGAUUCUAACAAUGACAUAGGUGCUCAAUUGGUUCAGAAUCAGAAAAAGGAAAACAUAAUUGACAAAUCACUUGUCAAGCUAAAAGAAACUACCACGGAUGUCUGGCAAGGAACCCAGCUUCUGGCUAUUGAUGUUGCUGCAGCUAUGGAAUUGCUGAGGAGGGUCCUGAUUGGGGAUGAUUUGACUGCGAAAGAAAAGAAAGCUUUGCAAAGAACAAUGACCGACUUAGCCUCAGUUGUUCCAAUUGGUGUUCUAAUGCUUCUUCCUGUUACAGCGGUUGGGCAUGCUGCCAUGUUGGCUGCUAUCCAGAGAUAUGUACCAGCUCUGAUACCUUCCACAUAUGGUCCAGAAAGGUUGGCUCUAUUGAGGCAGCUUGAGAAAGUUAAGGAAAUGCAAACCAGUGAAUCGGACCCUGAGGAAAAUGUAGAAGAAUAGCCUGAGUACAACCCGGUUCCAAUUAUGAACAGGCCUCAAGUUUUAGACAAUUUUCUCAAUGAGUAGACACCAAUGGCUGCAGUCUUGAGGAGCGUCAGGAGGGGUUCCUGGCUCUCGAUAACAAGAAGGAUGACCAUCUUUCCUGAACUCAGUCAAAUACGUUAUAUUCAAGAACUGAACUUUUCUGUUUCCAUAUUCCAUAUUUUUGAUUGCAUCUGAAAUGUAUUUAUUAUGCAAGGGCUCUGGUUCCAGCUUUGUGUAAUUUGUUUCCGGUUCCUUAUCUGCAUCACAGAGACCUCCUCUGUUCCACGUUCCAUUCCUGUAAUUUCACAUGUGGAACUCAUUGCUAUCAAUCAAGCCUUGUAAAUCAUCUUUACUAAUGGGAAUAUUUGUUUGUAGUGGAGUAA